AUGCUAUCAUUUAUGAGAGAGUGUGAUUUUCAUGAUACAAAAUUCAUUGGUCCCAACUACACUUGGUGUAAUAAUAAAACAGGGAAAGCACGCAUUUUAGAAAGAUUGGAUCGAUGCUUACUUAAUUGCAUAACAUUAAAUCACCUUAAAGUUCCUGUUGUUAAUCAUCUUGCUCGUAUUGCUUCCGACCACUGUCCCAUUAUGUUGAGAAUUUCGUCUCCAUCUGUUUAUCAUAACUAUAUUUUGAGAUUUGAAGAUACUUGGCUUUCCUACCCAGCUUCUCAUUCGGUAGUUUGGUUUGCUUGGAACAAACCGGCUAAAGGCAAUGCAUAUUCUAUUUUGAAUCUUAAAUUCAGAAGAUCCUUAAAAGCACUAUUUUUCUGGAGUAAGGCUAAGCACAAAGACUUAUCAGAUUUGAAGAAUAAAUUGAAAAAAGAAAUUUUAGAGCUUCAAGAUGAAGAAUCAAAGUCUAGUGUCUUUUCUGUUCAGAAUACUGAUUUGCUGAGAACUAAGGUCCGAGAAUUGAAUGCAACUCUUGGUCGGCUGUGUACAUGGUGGAAACAGAGAUCUAAAUCAAAGUGGAUUAAAGAAGGAGAUAGCAAUUCAAAAUACUUCCAUGCUUCAGCUUCAGCUAGGAGAAAUUUUAAGUGGAUCAAUCAGUUGAAGAAUAAUGAUGGUUCUAUAAUCUAUUAUCAGGAGGAGAUCACUGAAGCAUUUUCAAAUUUUUCAAAAACAAAUGGCGUAGCAGACCAUGCUCUAUGGACAAUUGGCCUCUGUGUUCUAAUGUCAUUGAUGAAGCUGAUUCUAAGUGGCUGGACCGAGAUUUUACAAAAGAAGAAUUGGAAAUUGUGA